AGCCUUAUCUGAUAAAGACUACAACACCAGAGAGGAACGUGGGGGUUAGAAGACUAGGAGGAAGUACUGGCAACUCCAACCUGAGCAGCCUUCCCGGGACCAUGCAGCUGCUCCUGCUCCUGGUGGCCUUUCUUCUGGCCCCUGAGAUUGAGACACGGAAAAUAAUCGGGGGCCAUGAAACCAAGCCUCAUUCUCGUCCCUUCAUGGCAUUUCUCCGGCUCCAGAAUCCAAAUAAAAUCUGUGGGGGUUUCCUUGUACGGGAGGACUUUGUGCUAACAGCAGCUCACUGCAACGGAAGCUCCAUCAACGUCAUCCUGGGGGCCCACAACAUCAAGAAGCAGGAGAGGACCCAGCAGGUCAUUCUGGUGAGAAAAGCCAUCCACCACCCAGACUAUAAUCCUAAAUGCGUCUUCAACGACAUCAUGUUACUGCACGGAGGGCCCUCGCUGGAAAAGAAGGCCCACCUGACCGCCCAUGUGAGCCCCCUCGGACUGCCCAAGAGGAGUGCGCAGGUGUGGCCAGGAACAGUGUGCAGUGUGGCCGGCUGGGGGCUCCUCAGCAUGAACAGCACCUCUGGGGCAAGGAAACUGCACGAGGUAGAGCUCGAAGUCCAAAGGGACAAACGAUGCAUCUCACGCUAUAAAAACCUCCACGACAGCACAACCCAGAUGUGUGCGGGGAACCCAAAAAAGAAGAAGUCUUCUUUUAAGGGAGACUCCGGGGGCCUCGUGUGUAACAACGUGGCCCAGGGCAUUGUCUCCUUUGGAAGACCAGAUGGGAAACCUCCACGUGUCUACACCAGGACCUCAAGCUUUUUGCGCUGGAUAGAAAGAACAAUGAGAUGCUUCAGCCUGCAGGGACCGGACUGACGUGCCCCCAGGAUCAAUCUGUCCAUCUUCUCUGGAGCAGAGGCCAGAAC